AUGUCGACAACCACCACCACCACGACGGCCCAGCCGAUUACGGCUGAAGCUAUGCUUCGUCUCUUCCCGGACAUCGAUACCACCAGCGAGGCACUGACGGGCCACGACGAGGAGCAAAUCAGGCUCAUGGACGAGGUCUGUAUCGUCACAGACGAGAACGAUGCGCCCAUUGGAACUGCGAGCAAGAAGAUUUGCCACCUGAUGACCAACAUCGACAAGGGACUCUUGCACCGUGCCUUUUCCGUCUUCCUCUUCAACGACAAGAACGAGCUGCUCCUCCAGCAGCGCGCCACUGAGAAGAUCACCUUCCCCGACAUGUGGACCAACACAUGUUGCUCGCACCCUCUGAGCAUUCCCACCGAGACUGGCGCAAACCUGGUCGACUCCAUUGCUGGAGCGAAGCGUGCUGCUCAGCGCAAGCUGGAGCACGAGCUUGGCAUCAAGAAGGAGCAGGUCCCCUUUGAGGAUUUCCACUUCCUCACCCGAAUUCACUACAAGGCUCCUAGCGACGGCAAAUGGGGCGAGCACGAGAUUGACUACAUCCUCUUCAUCAAGGCCAACGUCGACCUCAAACCCAACGAGAAUGAAGUGCAGGCCGUCCAAUACGUCACCCCCGAGAGCCUCAAGAAGCAAUUCGAAGACCCCAGCCUCAAGUUUACCCCCUGGUUCAAGCUGAUCUGCAACUCUAUGCUCUUCCAGUGGUGGGAGAGCUUAGACUCUGGUCUGGAGAAGUACACCAACGAGCAGGAGAUUCGACGCAUGCUGUAA